GCUUCUAGACGAGUGCAGUCAGAUGACAGAGCCGGCGUCUCUUCUCCCAAUGGCUAGAUUUGAAUGCCAAAAGCUUGUCCUGGUCGGGGAUCCAAAACAACUUAGUCCAACGAUUCAGGGCUCCGAGCCUGACCAUGAGGUUGGACUUGAACAAACUUUGUUUGAUCGACUGAUCAAGAUGGGUUAUGAGCCUACUCUGCUGAGAACACAGUACCGUUGUCAUCCAACGAUCAGUGCGAUAUCCAACACAUUGUUUUAUGGGAAGAAGCUUCUCGACGGGGUAACAUCUGAAGAUCGUUCCCCAAUAGUGGAAGUUGUUCCAACCCUUUGCUUCUAUAACGUGGCAAGAGGAAAAGAGAAAUGUGGACGAGAUGGAAGUUACUACAACGACGAAGAGGCGAAAUUUGUUGUCUUUCUUAUUGAACGCCUCCUGGAGUCUGGUGUGGAACCGGCACAAAUAGGAGUAAUAACGUUGUACAAGUCCCAACUGAACACAAUAUCCAACCAUUUGACAGCUUCCAGAGCCACUUCCAACGCCGAACUCAAAUCUAUUCAGAUAUCAACAGUCGACGCAUUCCAGGGCGGUGAAAAGGACUUGAUCAUUUUGUCGUGCGUGCGCACGGAUCACAUUGGGUUCAUUGAUUGUGACAGACGUACCAAUGUCGCAUUAACGAGAGCUAAGAGGCAUCUCCUUAUCGUCGGUAAUCUUAAGAUACUGUCCUGUAACAACGUUUGGGGAAAAGUUAUAGAGCAUUGUCGCGGUAAGAAUCGGUACAUUCUUUUAUAUCCAUUGUUCAACUAG